GUUUUUUUUUUUUUCAUCUCGAGACUGAGGACGGCCCUCAUUCUGACCUUCUCUGUCUCCUUUCUUUUCCUCUGUUUCUUCCUUCUUCCUUCUUCCUUCUUGGUUGAAAUUCUAGCGUAUCAGAGUCAUGGUGGCCUGACCAUCGCUCGGCUAUCACUCCUCCGCUGCAAUUCUCUCCAUCCUCUGUUUCUCUUGUGUUUGAAUUUACAGAAAUCUAAGCGAAGAAACCCCAAAACCCCCAAAUCAGAAUUCCCAAACCCUAAAAUUUUCAAUCUCUCUUACCACCCCAAAUUCUCACCACCUCGACCAUUCGUGCAUGUCGUCAUCGGCUACUGGAGUCGCCGGAAAUGCAAAAGAACCGCCGGAGCGGUGGAAAUUUCUCGGCUUCGCUAGAGCUCGUCGAUGGAAACCCAAGCCAUAGAAUCUGUCGCGAUGUCGAGAGGAGUUGAAUGAGACCCGUUUAGUGGCUGGACGGAAGAUUUCUGGUCGGGUCUUCUUUGCGGUUUCCGGGUUCGAGAAACGGGUCUCCAGCACUUCGCGGUUGCAUGUUGUGCAGGUGGAGCGAAAGUGAGAGAGGCCUCCCCAAGUUUCACCAGUACCAGGUGGUGGGUAGGGCUCUCCCCAAGGAUGCCGAGGACACCCCCAAGAUCUACCGCAUGAAGCUUUGGCACACCAAUGAUGUUCGCGCCAAGUCCAAGUUCUGGUAUUUCCUGAAGAAGGUGAAGGUGAAGGUGAAGGUGAAGAAGAGCAAUGGCCAAAUUGUUGCCAUCAAUGAGAACAGGUUCAGUCUGGCAAGGCUUCUGAAAAGCUGCUGUUUACGUACUUCUCUUUCCUGGGGUUUGGUGUUUUGGCCAUCCUACAUGGGCUGCUGACAACUUCCAGGACGAGUAGUUCAAUGAUUGGCAAGAGACCUAUGCUGGGCAGGAAAAAGAAGGCUUGAGAUACACAACUCACUGACUCAGACUUUGUAAUUCUAUCGUCAUUUUGGGAGUUUCGUAUUGUCAUUUUUUCUGAUUGAAAUGCUCAUUGUGUUUGUGACCUCAAUCUUUUGAUGAAACUAAUCUUAUUAAUGAAUGACAGAUUUAUGCAAAA